AGUGCUCUGUGGCAAAUUUGUUUCGCUUGACAUAAAUGUCUUCGUUUUGAUGUUCAACCCAUUUUCGCCGCAAAGGGGCAAGAGCAGUGUGAAAAUUUUUGCGAGUUUGCUGGUGUAAAUUGAUAAAAAGAAAAACAAAUUGACAUAGAUUUUGUAGCUUCACAACAGUAAAAAAUUAUAAAUUUAAUUUAAAAACAAUUUGUAUAUAGUAGCUGUAGCAGCAAAAGUUUCACAGAACCGUCUUAACUCUUAUGAAAGGAAAAUAUUUCCAAUUGGUCGAAAACAUCAGCAUAAAACAAAGUGAAUUUCGUUAUAAAACUGCAUACUAAUAACGGGAUUUCGUGAUUGGUUGUUAUAAUAGAAGUCUGCGUCAUUGUAUCUCAAAUUGAAGAAAAGUUGUAUGUGAACUCCAAAGAACUCACAAAUAUUUUGUAUCUGCUUUUAUCUGAAUAAGGUCAUCCUCCGACCGUGAUUGGCCACUGGCCUCUAAAUUGCUGUCAGUAUAUAUUGUGUUUGUGUACUUGUAUACCCUUUGUUUGCCUUCAAACAGACCUACUGUGGUAGCUGUUCCAGAUAACGGAAUAGAGCAAUCGGCAGACGCCAGCUAACGCCAGAAAUUCGUUCCCGGGGAGCGGCCGACGUAGACGACGCGUGCCCGUGUCACCGAAAAUGGCUGUGAAGCAAAACAACACGGAAGCGAACGCUGCGCCCGCACCCGUUAAUGGGAACGCCGUAGGAGGAGUUAGUACGACCGGCGGGUCUAUGGCUGGUGUAACGGGCGGUGUGGGAGUUGGUAGUAGCAAUGGCAUUACAGGCGUAGUGGUUGGAGUCGGUGGUGGUACAAAAACCAAGAAGCUUAACGCUAAAGCCAAUUUAGGUGCCGAAAUGAGUGGUAACCCUGAUCCAAAUCAACCUGCUUGUAGUGGUGUCGAUAGCAGUGUCCCAAUCAAACCCAAAAUAAAUAUGAAGUCGACGUCUGGAUCAAGCGGAAAUGGUGGUGGUGGAGGUGAAGCUGGAAACAUUGGCGGUCAAUCGAGUAAAAACACCACUGAUAUUACACAUAUUUUACAUCUUAUUGAAUUGGUCGAAUUAAACCAGCAGCAUAUAUCUUUUGGACCAGAUAUAGUAAAAAUUUAUCAUCACAUAAUCAAUGAAUUAGCGCGUGUGCAAACUCCCAGACAAAUUCCCAAAGAACUUAAGCGCUUUAAAGAGGAUAUAGUCAAAGUUGGCGAAUUCUUCGGUAAAGCGAAUGAGAAACGGGUCUAUCUUUUCUAUCUACGUGUUGUCUGUCAGCUUAUAACACAAGGAGAGGGUGAGCCACCUUCAUGCGCUAUCGCCAUAAUAUUCCAGUUGUUUAGCUCCGAAAUGGUUUUCGAAGCGGUGCAGUUAAUGUUGGACCAAAAAAUACCUGAACAGAAUAUAAGGAAGACUGUUAAACUACUUAGCGAAUGGUUACGAAUGUGUAAUUUUUGCCAAAAUCUAAACCUAUGGAUAUUAGCCAUACUAAGAGGUCUCCAGGAACAACAAAAGUUUUCACUCUUUCGUGAUAUUGCCUUGGAUAAUAUAGAACCAUUGUUCACAUCGCUUAUAUUGCCAGUGUUGCGGCCUAAAGUAUAUCCCAUCGUAUGUCAUAUGUUGUCCUUCAUUGACCAAACACCGGUAGUGUUUCACAAGAUUUUGCCCAAGUUUCCACGUGUUAUAACUUAUCUGAAGCAACAAUCGAAUAGCCAGGAAGACUAUGCUGAAGAAACCAAGAAAAUUCUACAAAAAUUAGUGGAUUUAACUAAAUCGUUAAUGGUGCGCUUCUACGGCUAUGAUGAUUUGUACGAGGCCAUUGAGCUUGUUAUGAAGGAUAUACCACUUUCGUAUGAUUUGCCAGGCUAUGGGAACAGCGCUAAAAGUGCUGAUGAUAUCAGUGCGGGUACAGAAAUUAUACCACAUGAAAGUAAUGCAAAAGUCGGUCUAGUUAAUUUAGGCAACACAUGCUACAUGAACAGCGUUUUACAAGCAUUAGCUAUGACAAAGGAAUUUAGUCGGGAAAUAUUGUUGUCACAAAGCAAGUCACCACUACUGAUAAAAAUGCAACAACAGAUUGCAUUGAUGCUCUAUUCAACUCGAUUCGAGUUGACGCCAUCGCGCGUUUUCAGCGCUACACGACCACCAGGUUUUUCUCCGGGCUUACAACAGGACAGCUCUGAAUACCUGGGUUAUUUGUUGGAAACGCUACACGAACAGGAAAUGUUGUUCCGCAAAAAGCAAGGAAAUGAUAUGGCGAAUGCAGCAAAAGUGAUCAAUGAAAACAAAGUAGCAAUAGCAGAUGGCGAGGCAGCAGAACCGAUUGCCAAAAGUGCAAAGCAAGCCGAAAAAGAGAAUUGUAGCAGCAACAGUGGGGAAGGUGCCACGGCAUACUUCAACGCAACACAGACCCCGCACGCAUCCACAAGUGAAAGUGCUAACACCGCCACCGACAACAAAACAAACAGUAACACGGAUAUUGAUGACAAGUCCGCCGCGCCAACUAAUUCCAAUAAUAGCGCUAAUGAUUGCAAAGAUAACGCUGUGGCAACUAGCACAAUUGAUAAAACGUUUACGGGCAAACUGGCAACCACUUACGAAUGCCUCACAUGUGGCUGGAAGAGUCGCAUAGUUGAUAGUUUUCGUGAUUUGCAACUAUCCUUUCCGGAGGUGAAAAAUGAUUGCGCUUCCAAUUACUCUGUACAAGAUCUCAUCGACUACUACUGUUCGCCAGAGAAACUAUACGGCGACAACCAAUACUUCUGCGAGCGGUGUAAGAAACUUAGCGACGCUGAACGUUACAUCAAUGUUAUUAGUGCACCGAAAAAUCUCAUAUUGACAUUGAAACACUUUAAGUAUGAUCAAAAGUAUCAUACACGCGCCAAAUUGAUGCACAAAGUGUUUCACGAUGAAAAGGUAUCUGUAAAGGUUUGCGCAGCGGAAACAUUGGAAGAGAUCGCUUCGGUGCAUUAUGAUCUCUAUGCUGGCGUCGUACAUUCAGGCUUCAGUAUGGACUCUGGGCACUAUUACACUUACGCUGCUGAUAUCACCAAUAAGUGGUACAAAUUCAAUGACAAUGUCGUGACACCGUCUAAGUCAGAAGAGCUGCACAAUCUCACGCCACCCAAUACACCCUACAUACUGUUCUAUCAAAUGGGUGCACGUUCCAAUGAAGUGUCGUCAUUCGAGGGAACCACAACAAAAGUGGUGAAAGUUGAUGUGCCAAAUCCAUUGUCUUUGGAGGAGCUCUCUAGCGAUUUGCGAAAUUAUAUUAAUCAUGAUAAUUACAUUUUCGCCGAGGAGAUCAAGGAGCGUAUCAUAAAGAGCGGCGGUCGAGCAGCUUUGCAGAGUGCGUUGGCGGCAAAACGGAACGGUAAUGGCCGCGGUGGAGGCGGUGGUCGUAGCGACUACGACGAUGAUAACGAUUCGGAUCAACCACCGCCGGCCAGUGGCUGUGGUGGUAAUGCACUUGAUAUUAAUGUUAAUCGCUUUGUGUACUAAACGCUGAGUGUGAGAUGUGGAUCGAAAUUAUAUGAAUUUGUUUUUGUUAUAAUUUUUGAAAAUUUAUGUCGUACCCGCUAUGAACAUAAAGAAGUUAUGGUACGAAUGAAAUGCACGAGGACACAAACGAAGUUGUGUAGUUAUGAGUUAUGAGACUUUUAGUGUAUGCUUGUGUUCGGCAAUUACUAAGUGAACUAUAUUUACAUGAAAUCAUCGCAGAAGGCACCACCUUGUAUCAACCACGUACUAACCAUCCCUAUAUAUACAAAUAUGCAUAUAUAUAUUGCAUACUGCUAUUGCCAUUAUAAUCAACGUGUAAUUUUGUAGUGUGUUCGUGAGCCGAUGUAACACAGCAAGCAAGAGUAGCAUGAAAUGUGAAUGAAAAUAUUUUCAAAAUUAAGGUUAAAAUUUACAAUUAGGUAAAAUAUGCGUAUUCCCACAGAUGCACAGCAUCACAAAGGAAGUUCCAAAAUGCAAAAAUUAAAAAACAAAAAAUAGUCGAUUGAAUUCAAUGCUAAAAUUUGUACUUGUUAUUUGUAAACUUCAAAUAUGUAAACUAUUUAUAUUGCUAUCUAUAUCUAGCUAACAUCAAAUAGCAACAACAACAACAAAAAAAUAACUAAAACUAUGUAAUGCAACAUUAUGCAACAAUAUCUUCAUAUGCCAGCUAAGUGUGCGUGAGAGUAAACUAGAAAUGCAUCAGUACGAUAAGUUUUCAAGCAGACUGUAUGGGAGCAUAGGCGUAUUUCUCCAAUUGGUUUUGUGUAUGUGUAUGUGUGCUAUUAACCGUUAUAUGAAUAUUGUAUGAAUGCGUGCGUGUGUGUGUGCUAUGGUAAAAUAUGUAUGUAUAUGUUGUAUAUCCGUUGCAUUUCCCUUGUGAUGCAGUCUAUUUUCUUAGCACUUCUAUUUUUUAUUUUUUAUAUUUGAUUUGUUGAUUUAUGAUUUAAAAAAUCAUAUCAUAUGAUGAACUUUAUUUCACUGGAAGAAUUGCGCCAGCGACGCUAUUACCGAAAUAAAAGCUCUAAGCAAAUGUAAACAAUAAGGCAAAUGUUACUUUCUUCGCAUAUACUUUGUUGUGAUUGCAAAAUAUAUUUACAAUUAUGAAAAAUGCAUAUAAUUAAACAGGUAAUUGAAUAUUGAAAAUUACAUUAAAUAUAUCCGAAGUCGAAACACGACAGCUCCUAACUGUCCCAAACUAGUAAAAUAGCGAGCAACACUAAACUAUACAUACAUAUGCUGGUCUACAGACUUUGUUUUCAAUUUGCGCACUAAAUAUACAAAAUCAUUUGUUUGACUUUCUUUUGUUAUUUAUUUACUAUGUUCAAAAUUAAAUUACAUAUUUAGAAUUUACAAUUAUUAGUGUAGUAGCGUAGAAUUUAUAUGCGCUUAAAUCCCAGAGUUGGUAAUAUUAACACGACUAUAUCUAUCCUCAUACAUAUAAAAUCCGAAAUAAAAUUUUUAUGUAAUUAAACAGUACACGUACAUAUAUACAUAUAUACAUAAUUUCUAUAUGUAUGUAUUGAGUACGUAUUACAAUACUUAAAAAUAAUAAAGGAAGCGAUAAAAACCGCAUGAGCUCGUAGCAUGGAAUAUUAUUUCUCCUAAUGGAGAGUUGUCAUGUCCAAACUAAAGUAAUGUAUGUAAUGUAUACUCUAUUCAUUGUUUAAUUGCAGAAAGCUUGUAAAAUUAUACAAUUUAAGUUUAAUUUCACAGUUGACAGACAAUGUCUUUUCGGUUAAAUGUAAUAAAAAAGAAUAACUGGCACAGAAAUAUUUUAUUUAAAUAUAUUAUUUAUUCAAACUUGUAUAUUUUUGUAUAGGACAGUGAAUGUGUUGAUGUAGCGUCCGAAAACAAUCUCAAAUAAUUUUGAGAAUUGUCUGUUUUGGAGACUCGACUGUUAAAGGAACGUUUAAGUCAAAGUGUGUCAACCAUGCCUACUAACGGAAUAUACUCUUAGAAGACUAUUUUGGUGGUUGGAUAAUUCCGCGAUGGAGUCUGUAAAGUGUGUAGCGGAAAAUAAAGAUCAUAGUUUAAAAACAAAAACAAUAAAAUUUGAGUGUUCCUUGUGGCAAUUUUUAGCUACAGAAAAAAAUGCUGAUUUAAAAAUACAUAAAUAAACAAGUGAUAACAAAUUAGUAACGUGACUAAACCUGUUGUAUUGAACGACAUUCAGAAGACUUUGAUAGAAACAACAAAUAAUACGAGUAUUAAAGAAUUUUCGCUAUAUGAAAAAAAAUAAUAGUAACAAACAAAAGUUAACAGUAUCAUCACAAAUCAAGCUUAAAUUCAAGAA